AUGACAACUACUGUUCAUAUACUCACAUAUGGUUGUGCAGUCAGUCACUAUGAAGAGUAUAUUAAAAUCGGCGAGAGUACUGCCAUUAAAUGCUUGAAGGCAUUUUGUAAUGCUAUUGUUGCUGUGCAUGCAGAGGAGUAUAUGCGCCCACCCAACGAAGUCGACAUAGCAUGGCUGUUUGAAGAAGGGGAGCAUAAAAGAUUUCAGAUCAAGUGGGCAAUAACGCAAGGACCAGUGCGUUACUGGGAGAAAGAUGGCUUGCGCCUCAUAAUGAAAACAUGCAUCAUCCUUCACAAUAUGAUCAUUGAAGAUGAGCAUUAA